UAGCGACAUCCUGAAAGAACUUGGCAUCAGUUAUCCGUGUUGCUGUUUCCGAACUAAAACUCGAAAUAAUCCUUUCUAAAAGUUAUGGGCACAACUAAAGUAUAUAUUGGUAACCUUGGUGAUAAUGGCGACAGAGAUCGUAUCUGGAAAGCCUUCCAGUCAUUUGGUCCUAUCCGUGAAGUAUGGGUUGCCAGAAAUCCACCAGGCUUUGCAUUUGUAGAGUUCGAAGACCAUCUUGAUGCAGAAGACGCAGUCGACAAAAUGGAUGGAAAGAGAGUUUGUGACAAAACAGUUAGAGUUGAGCUGUCCAGAGGUCAAGGAAGACGUGAUAGAGGUGGAAGAAGGCCAUACAGAGGUGACAGAGGCAGCAGAUACAAUGACAGAAGAUACAAYGACAGAGGAUAUGGUGACAGAGGAGGUCGUUACUCACCACCACCAAGGAGACGGUCCAGAUCACCACCACCCAGAAGAGAUCGCUCACCAAUGGGAGGCCAUUACAGAGGAGGAAGAAGUAGAUCACGCAGCCCUCCCCCCAGACAGCUAAAAGAGGUUAUUCUACAAAAACCUCAAGUAGUAACUAUAAACAUGUCAAGAGGAGUAACCAGAGUGUAUGUAGGAAACCUUGGCAGCAAUGGAAUCAAGUCUGAAAUUGAGAGAGAAUUUUCCAAAUUUGGUAUAAUCAGAGAUGUUUGGGUCGCUCGCAAUCCCCCAGGCUUUGCAUUUGUUGAAUUUGAUGACCACAGAGAUGCUGAAGAUGCCAUCAAAGAGCUCAAUGGACGUCGUGUUUGUGGUGUGCGUGUUCAAGUUGAGCUGUCAAAUCAUCAAGGCCGAAGCUCACGCAAACCACCUCCUUCAAACCGGGGUAGGAGCCGUUACAGUCCUGAUGACAAAUAUAGUGAUAGGUAUGGACCUCCRCGGGGUCGUUAUGAUGACGAUAGAUAUGGAAGAGAACAACGUGGAAGAAGAAGAGAGCGAACACCAGAAUAUUAUGACAGGAGUUCAAGAAGGUUUUCCAGAAGCAGAUCGCGCAGCCCUCCUCGAUACUAACUUUAGCAGGUUUCUCAGAAUGCAACGUGUACAAUCUGYUUACUUCGAGUAUGAGUGGCAUAUGAUGUGGUGUUUUUGUGAUCCAAUAUCACCAACAAAACUGCCUUUAUUAAUAGUUUGAUUUGAUUUUGAUCAUUUGACCCAGCUUAACYRUAACARCUGCAACAUUGACAAUUCAUUGCCACUUAAUUGCUUGUGAAACGUUCGUUUUUUAGUUUUGUUCGUUUUUAAUGUAUAUAAAUAACAUUAAAUCAUAGUACAGCUUCUWAUUCCAACUUUAGAGUGAAAGCAUUAAAACUAUGGUGUUUAUGGCCUGUCAAACCUCAGAAAUUCACCAAACUACUACAARAAGGCAAUAAUUUGAUUAAUUUGUACAACAAUGCAUGAUGGGAGUCGUAAUCGUCGUAUUUUUAUAAUCAUUCUCUGGUCAUUAUUCAGAAACACGUGAUGUUCGUGCAGUACAUCAAGUUGUUACUGGUGWGCCUAAUGUGGCCAUGUUGACGAAAAUAUUCCCCAAACAAACUGUUUUUUGCUUUUCUUUUAAACCAAAGGAGCCAGUUAAUGUGCCUUUUCUGUAAAGGAAAUACAAAAACGGCAUCCAUGGACUAUUUUCGUGGACAUAAAAAGGGCGUGGACAGCGAGUACAUUUCCCAUCAUACUUUGUUCUACAAAAUGGCGUCAUCGUAUGUCGCGAUUCACAUUGUUUAUACACCUUCAUGAAAACCGAACGAACUCCGAAUAUUCACCGAUGAGAUACAAGAUUUCCGUUAAAUGCUCGGAGUCUGCUUGGUUGUGAGGAGGGAGUCUCAAAAGUUGGGUUUUGAUUGAUGGCAGCAAAAAACGCGAAAUUAGGUUGGCAUUCGGCCGGUGAGAGUCCAUGUGUGUGCAAACAUCGAACCUCAAUUUCUGUAGUUUGUACAUGGUCGUGAGAAGUAGUGACAAGUGUUUGUAAACAUAUGUAUUGCAGUGUCAUUUUAUGCGUAAUAUUUUGAUUUUGAUUAGUAUUAGAUCAAUAAAUAUAGAUUCUGUAAUCCUUUUUAGAUAAA